AUGGACUUCGAUACGGCCAGAGCCUCGACCUGCACUACCUGCAAGGCCCGAGAAGAUCUGAGCAACUAUUGGAUUCCCAACCUCUACUAUCGCGCCCCUGAUGGCACUUUCGAAGAUGUGCCUCAGACAGGUGGCAUGCUGGUGUAUUACUUGCAGAGAUCGGACCCCAAGGAUCCAGAGUACGAGAAGGGCUUGCUUGCGUUCCCUGAGGGCUUUCAGAUGUUGGCAGGUAACCCAUACCUGCGAAGCUUCAACAACACGCUCGAACAAAGAGCCAUCUCUUAUGCCUGCCUUGGGAUCCCUCCUCAUAAUUGCCCUAAUGGGUUGCGUGCUCAAGUCAUGUUCCCCUCCUGCUGGGAUGGCAAGAACCUGGAUUCGCCUGACCACAAAAGCCAUAUGGCAUAUCCGGAUCGUGUUGAUAGUGGCGUUUGCCCACAAUCGCAUCCAAAGCGCCUUGUCACGAUAUUCUAUGAGGUGGUCUUUCAGGUCGAUCAGUUCAAGGACAGGUGGCAUGGCGAUUCGCAUCCCUUUGUUUUCUCCAACGGCGAUCCCACUGGCUACGGCCUUCAUGGUGACUUCCUGAACGGCUGGGACGUUAAGGUCUUACAGAAGGCAGUCAAUGAGUGCACUGAUGCUUCUGGGGUCAUUGAGAAGUGCCCUGUCCUUACGUUCUUCGACGACGAUGCCAUGAACGGGUGUCGUGUGCCUGUGCAGGUCGACGAGAAGACCAAUGGUGUUCUCAAAACACUCCCCGGUUGCAACCCUGUUACACUCGGUCCGGAGCUUGCUGCCCCCGUUGUCGGCGAAGUGUGCAAUGCUACCAAGGAGAUCAGCCCACCAAAGUGGCCUUUUACCGACGUUACAGACACCAAGAAGUUUCGCUAUCUGGGAUGUGCUAAGGACUCUUACGGCUCGCGCAGCCUUGAUAUGGCCCAAGGCAGUGCUGAUAAUAUGACGAUUGAGUCGUGUCUUGACUACUGUGAGCGUCGGGGCUACUUGCUCGCCGGUCUCGAAUACGGUCGAGAGUGCUACUGCGGGAAUUCCGUGGAUAAGAGCAAGCUUCCCGUGAAGGGACAGCUGGGUAAAUGCGAGAUGACUUGUGCAGGCAAUAAGGAACAGAUCUGUGGAGGCCCAGGAGCACUUUCUCUUUAUCAAAAGUGUAAAACAUCUGAGGGUUCUUGCAAAAAUGCCCAGAUUAUGUAA